AUGAAUCCAGGGAACCCUUCUGGUGGGCAGCAGCCUGGUGCUUUUGCAGCAUCUCCUCGUAGUACCGGAGGUACACUUCAGGCUAAGCUACCAUUUGGAUUUCGUCAGCCCUUGAGUUUGGGGCAAAGUAGUACAUUAUCUGGGAAGAACCCGGUCUUGUCACAGGUCCCCAGCUUUGGAGCACCUUCUGGAAUAAGUUGUGCCUCUAAAGAACCAGCAUUUGGCCCCACCCAAACCUCAAGUGCUGGACUGUUUUCUGGAGUUGAACACACUGCUUUUGGAGCUACAUCCGGGCCUUCAAGUUCACCUGUGUCUGGAAACCCAGGAUUUAAACUCCCAUCAUCCACCAGCAGUGGGGUUUUCCCAAGCACUUCUACUUUGGGACCAGAAGCUGGAGAAACAGUGAGCUCUGGCUCCAGGAAGACCAAAUUCAGCUUUAAAAUUCCAGAGGACUCAGUGUUCAGACCUGUCCUGGGGGCAGAGUCUGAGCCAGAAGAUACACAGAGCCAGGUUCCUUCUGGAUUUUUCUCUCUUCCCCGUCUACUGGGUAGUGGACCUGGCAGCCCGAUGCCCCCUUUGUCUUCUCCUCAGGUGACAAGUAAUUCAGCUACGGAUUCAAAUUUUAUCUUUUCAAACCCAGCUAAUACAAAUAGCUCAUCUGCUUUUGCUCCUGCUUUGUUAAACCAAACUGUAGAGGAGAAGAAGAGAGGUCCUGGGCCAGUGUUUGGAGGUGCCAGUAGUAGCUUCAGCUUCGUCAUAUCUUCCGGGUCUUUAGGAGAACCCUUCCCUGCUAGCAAAACAAGUGCCAAGCAAGGGUGUGAGGAAGCAGUUUCCCCAGUGGAGCCCCUUCCCAACCUCGUGAAGGGACUGAAAAGGAAAAAGAGCCAGGACCGCCGCUCACCAGGGCGGCAUGGCCAGGAGGUGGUGGGAGACUCUGACCCUCUGUCCAGGGGUGACCAUCCUCCAGGUAAACGCCCUGCCCGCUUGAAUCGGCCCCCGGGAGGCGCUUUGUUCGGCCGGAAGACAAAGGAGGUCUUUGAAAGCAAUAAAGCAGCAGGCCAUCUGCUCCACAAGGAGUCUAAAGGGCAAAGUUCAUUUCUGCCAUCUGGGGAAAGUGAAGCAUCUCCAGGGAGUCAGUCUGUCCUGAACCCUUCGGGGCUUCCAGGUGUGAAUAGAGAGCAAGAAACUGAAAGGAGAGAGAGAAAAGCUUCUGUGAGGGGAACUCCCGUACGCCAGAAUAAAAGACGCCAGAGCACAGACAGUCUUGGAGGUUUUUCUCCCUUAGAGACCAAGGCCAUUGAGUGCAAGAACAUCCCCGAUCAUCUCAACGACAGGGCCUUUCUGGAUAACUACUUCAGGAAAGUGGCUAAAGUACAGCGCAUUGACACCUGGCCCAGCAGGAAGCUUGCAGUGGUGCACUUUUUUGAUCACCCAUCUGCAGCUCUGGCUCGAAAGAAAGGGAAACGUUUGCACAAGGAGGUAUCUAUUUUUUGGCACAAGAAGAUAAUGAGUCCCAACAAGAAACGCAUUUCCCCGAAGGAGAAGAAACCUGGUGAUGGGGCAGCUGGCCAGGGCCUGAGGGACGCAUCCUUCCCGCAGUCUCCACUGGACAAGCGCCUGGGGAGGGUCGCCCCCGGCAGCCCCCUGAAGGCGAGCUCCCCCGUGAAGAAGCCACGGCUCCUGGAGGCCCAUGGAGGUGAGGGGCACCCCUUCGACGCUGGGUCUGAGGGCUCUGGGGGCCUGGGGCUGUGUAUGUCCCCUCUCAGUGGGCUGAUAGGCACCAUGGCCGAGACCUCGGAGGCCAAGUACCGCGUGCUCGCCGAGAGAGACAGAAUCCUGCGGCGAGCUGGGGAGGAGAGGAAGGAUCUGGGCCCUGCAGGGACGGUGGUGGGGACCUGCCCGGACAUGUGUCCCGAGAAGGAGCGGUACCAGAGGGAGGCCCGGGGGCAGCUGAGUGUGUUCGAGGUGAUCCCAGGGACACGGCGGGUGGACCACGCGGCGGCGGUGAAGGAGUACAGCCGCUCCUCCGCCGGCCAGGAGGAGCCCCUGGCGCACGAGCUCCGUCCCCCGGCCGUGCUCAGCCACACCAUGGACUACCUGGUGACCCAGAUCCUGGACCGGAAGGACAGCAGCCUGCGGGACUGGUACGACUUCGUGUGGAACCGCACGCGAGGCCUGCGGAAGGACAUUAUGCAGCAGCAGCUGUGCGACCCCGCAGCGCUGUCCGUGCUGGAGCGCUGCGCCCGAUUCCACAUCCACUGCGCGCACUUCCUGUGCGAGGAGCCCCCGUCCACCUUCGACGCCGCCCUCAAUGCGGAGAACCUGAGCCAGUGCCUGCGGAGCCUGCGGGAGAUGUACGGGGAGCUGGGGCGCCGAGGGGUGCCCUGCCCCGGCGAGGCCGAGUUCCAGGCCUACCACGUGUUGCUGCACCUGGACCGCGGUGACGUCCUCGGUGAGGUGCAGCGGCUUCGCCCCGAGCUCCGCGAGUCCCCCGAGGUGAACCUGGCCAUGCAGGCUGCAAUGGCGCUGAGCAGCCACAACUUCGUGCGGUUCUUCAAGCUGGCACGGGCAGCUCCGUACCUGAGCGCCUGCCUGCUGCACCGCCACUUUGACCUGGUGCGCAGGCGCGCGCUUGCGGCUCUCAACGUGGCCUACACGGCUAGCGUCCGGCGGCCCGCGCGCUUCCCCCUGGACGAUGUGGCACGCAUGCUGCUCUUCGCAGACACCCGGGAGGCCGCCGAUUUCCUCUGCACCCACGGGCUCACGGUGUCCGAGGGCCACGUGGAGCUGACUCGAGCCCGAUCCCAGGUCCCGGAGCCUGAGGGGCGGCUCCAGGCCCAGAAGUCGGUCUUCGUCACGCGGAAGCUGACAGUGUCAGUGGGGGAGGUCGUGAAUGGGGCGCCGCUGUCCCCCGCCCCAUGCCUCACCCCCGCGAACAGCUUUGGCUCCCACCAUGAGUACCUCGGGGCGAGUCUGGCAGAGGAGCUGCCCAGCGGUGCUCAGAGGCCCCGCACCGAGGGCGCGGGGGGUGCAGGAGACGCCGCCAGGGCAGCUGGGCCGAGGGCGGCCCUUCCUGGGCUCUCCCCGCCACCUCCCGCGGGCCCCGUCCUCUCCCUUGCCCCUUUUCCCCGCGCCCCAAUCCCGGCUGCGGCCCCCAGCUUCCCGCAGCAGUCCAUCCAGCUGCAGCCCCGGUUGCCCCGGGCUGUACCCGCCGACUCAGAGGAGGCUCAGCCCGGGCUCCCCCCGCCGCCUCCCGCGCGCCCCGUCCUCUCCCUCGCCCCUCUUCCCCGCGCCCCCAUCCCGGCCGCGGCCCCCAACCUCCCGCAGCCAUCCAUCCAGCUGCAGCCCCGGCCGCCCCGGGCUGCGUCCGCCGACUCAGAGGCGGCCCUGGCGGCCGUGGCAGAGGAGCUCCUCAGCGAGGCGGUGCGGGGCGGCUGCGAGGCCGUGGGCACCGCAGGGGCGGCCUUCGCGGCCGCGGCGCUGGCCGUGUCCGACGCCGCCCUGGAUGAUCUGCUCGCAGAGCUGACGGGGCUCGAGGUGGCCGAGUGCGCGAGGGAAGCCUGCGCCGAGGAGGCCGCGCGGUCCCAGGAGGCGGAGAGUGAAGCACGCAUGGCGCGCUGCACGGAAGACAUCUGUGGCUGCCUUCUUGGCACUGUCCUGGCUGAGGAGAUCGCGCAGACGGCGGGGGAGGCGCUGCGGGAAGGCCGCCGCUCCCGCAGGUUCCUGCAGCGGUGGAGGGCGGCCACCGUGGCCGCGCAGAGGUCACGCAGGGGCCCCACAGCGCCCUCGCCCCCGCAGCUGCUCGGCAGGGCGGCCUGGGCGCCUCUGGACCUGCCGCGGCUCCUGGCCCAGCAUGUCCCUGGGGCCCACGCGCGAGUGUUCUGGAAGCUGGUGCUGGUUCUGCCUCGUGGAGAAGAGCACACUCCGGGAAGCCCCAGCGGAAUCCUCGCCGAGUGGCUGAAGGUCAAGUUCCUGGGUGAGGGCGGUGGGGCUGGCGAGACGCAGACCCGGGCCAUCGUCCUGCGGUCUGGCCGCACAGCGGGGCGGGCGGUGUCUGUGCACGUGUGUGUCCAGGUGGACCCGGACGCCCCAAGGGUCGGCACCCUGCAUGCCCUGGAGGCCCCAAAUGCCCUCCUGGGCACCAGCGGGCUAGUGCUGCUGCUGCCCCCCAACGUGAAGAGUGAAGAUGGCCAGGGAGAAGACGGGCUCGGGCUGCCGGCCCGGCUGCAACAGCUCCUGCGGGCGAAGCCCUGCCACCCCGCACUCCCACUGGUGGUUCUGGUUCCCAGCUCCAGACGACAUGGACCGGGGAAGGAGGUGGAAGAUGGCUUGAUGCUGCAGGAUCUGGUGUCAGCUAAGCUGGUGUCCGAGUAUAUGGUGGUUGAGAUCCCCGAUUCCAUCCAUGAUGCACGUGCCACGGAGCAGGUGACCCAUGUGGCCCAGUGGCUGGUCUCACGCUGCCCUCACGCCCCGGACCUUUGCUGCCAGACUCUCACUCAGUAUGUUGAGGAUGGCGUCAGCCUGGCAUUCAGUGGCCGAUUUUUCCAGGAUCGAAAGGAGCGGCGCCUGGCUGGCCUGGCGUCCCAGGAGCCGGGAGCCAUCGUGGAGCUCUUCAACAGCGUUCUGCAAUUCCUGGCCUCUGUGGCAUCCUCAGAGAAGCUUGGUCAGCUCUCCUGGCCUGUCCCUGAGUUCGCCGAGGCGGGAGGCCGGCCGUGGCUUCCUCACCUGCACUGGAACGCCCCGGAGCACCUGGCCUGGCUAAAGCAGGCUGUCCUUGGGUUCCAGCUGCCUCAGUUGGCCCUUCCACCCCCAGGAGCUCCCUGGCUCCCCAUGUGCUCCAUGGUGCUCCAGUACGCCUCCCAGAUCCCCAGCUCCCGGCAGACGUGGCCAGUGCUCCAUUCCCAGGUGGAAAGCCUGCUCCGCCAGACCUACCUCCGCUGGAAGAGCAAGAGCUUCUCCCGGAGCCGGCAGGCAGGGCCCUCGGUGGCCGAGGUUCCCUGGGACGACGUCCUCGCCCUGUGCAUCGACCACAAGCUGAGGGACUGGACACCCCCUCUGCUCCCUCUCACGUCACAGGCGCUCAGCCAAGAUGGGCAGGUCUGUGUCUAUUUCUUUAAAAAUGAGUUGAAAAAAUUUGAUGUUCCUUUGUCAUGGAAACAAGCCAGAGCACAGACAUGGAAGGAGCUACAGCUGACUCGGCCACGUGUUGGGAUAAAGUCCUUCUGUCCUUCGGCAACCCAUGUUCCUACUCCAUUGCUUCAACUGCACCAACAAGGGAAGAGGAGGACAGAGUGUGGCCCGAAGGGGAGGCCCGGUGCAGAGGACCUGAUGCUCGGAGCCCCUGCUGAGGAGCUCCUCAUCCAGCGUCUGUCCGGGAGCCUGCUGCUGGAGAAGGAGGAGAACGAGAGGUUUGAAGAACAACUUCAGCAGUGGUUGUCUCAAGACUUGGGUUCAUGGACCGAUUCCACUUCCCUUCCCCUCUACCUUCCCCAGACACUAGUAUCUCUUCCUGGUACUAUUGAGUCCAUGGCGCAAGCAUCUACCGUAACUCGUCCACGGACUGCAAGGACCAGGGAGCAGCUGCGGCCUCCAGAGCCACUGGGCACCUCUCUGACUGAACGGCUGAAGCACCUGGAAAAGCUGAUCCAGAGCUCACGCAAAGAGGAAGUCGCCUCUGAGCUCCAUCUUUCUGCACUGCUGGACAUGGUAGACAUCUGAGCAGCCUGACCAAAGACCUGGUCUUCUUGCCAAAUAGUGUCUUUUUACAAUUAUGUUAUUCCCAGAUGCUUCAUGCACUUUUGCAAAUGUGAUUAUAAUU